CUUGGCUCGUCCGCGUCCUGUCAUAGAUAAUUUAGUGAUAACAGAGUUUACUCUGACCCCAAACUUCGACCCCAUGAUAUUACAUUAGGAUUUUGUCAUUUGAACGGUGGUGUGCGAAAGAAACGCCUGUCGAAAUGGUGUGCUAAAAUUUUUACCACAAAAUGAAUUUGUGCGUGUUUUUCGUGUGUUUGUGCAUAAUUAGUGCUGUACACGGAUCAGGAAAUUCUUUGAAAGAUCCAUAUAUUUGUGGACCACCUUCGUGUGCGGCAUCGGAGAAGUUCAAAUAUCUUGCACAAACAGUAUAUUAUUACAAUUAUAAUGUAAAUGUGGAGACAUAUUUUGCUGGGUCCAGUAACAACCGUUCAACAUUAGAUGUUACAGCAGAAGUAAAAGUACAAUUUAUAACACCCUGUGAAGGUCUCCUACAGCUGCAGAAGAUCACAUUAACUGAUCAAGAUGAAAAUUAUGCUGUUGAAAGAUCUGAGAAGUUCAUACAGGCUGUGUCACAAUUCGAUCUCAGAUUUGCAUUCCAUGAUGGUGUCAUAUCAGAAAUAUGUCCCAAUCUGUUGGAAGAAGAUUGGGUUCUUAACUUCAAAAGAGCCAUUUUAUCUCUCUUCCAAAAUAGUAUGAAGAGAUUUGAUAUAAACUUCAAUGGAUUUGAGCAAGACAUCCACGGCACAUGCAAUGUGGAGUACACAGUUAGGGGUCAGGAGAAUACCAGCUUGAUAUUGGUGAAGAAGAGGGAUUUAGCACUCUGCACAGAUAGAUAUAAAUACAUGUCUAUACUACAGACUGUCCGAUAUGACUUCCAAAGUAAAUUUCAAACAUGGCCAGUUUUAAAAUCAGAGAGCAAAUGUCGUAUUUCAAUUGAUCAUAAUAUUUAUAAAUCAGUCAACUGCCGAGAGAGACAUCUCUUUGAACCAUUCUCCGGAAGGAAUUCUGGUGCAAUGUCCACUGUUAUACAAGAUCUAGUAUUGAUUAAAGAAUUAAAUCGAACUGAUAUAGAAAUAAUGGAAUCUCAACCUAAAGCUUGGUCGGUGAUACAGAAACGUUCAAAUAUACUCCAUCACCAUGUACCAAAUAACAGAGGUGAUACAGGGGAACUGAGGUCUGCGAGAGAUGUACUAAAAAUGCUCUGUUUAGUGAAAGAGACGGGCGAGGCUGCGUCCAGCGUGGAUGAGAACAUGGACAGCGGGUCGGUAGUGGGGCUGUGGGGGCGGCUGGUGCGCGCCGCGCGCUCGCUGCACCACCCCGCGCUGGCGCAGCUGCUGGCGCGCGCGCCCGCCAUCUGCCCGGCCGCUGCUAAACAUAUAUUGGACGCGUUGCCGUACAUCGCGAGCGCGGGCUCGGUGGAGCUGAUCAAAGACAAGGUGAUACAUGAAGAUGUUGAUAAGGAGACAAGACAUGAAUGGCUCAUGUCCAUGGCUAUGAUACCCAGGCCUAGAAUAGAAAUGUUAAAGAGCAUGUUGGAAUUACUACAGAAAGAGAAGAAUGAUAAAAUCGUCAGUUUUACUGUUUCCUCUAUGCUCCACUCUUACUGCAGGCACAGCGGGAAAUCAUUGCAAGAAUGUUGCGAAGAAGAAAUUCCAAAGCAAAUAUUAGAAGAGUUUCAAAAUAUAGUUAUGGAAGUAAUUGGAAAAGGACUACAAAAUGCGACCCGCAAUGAUAGGAACAAGAUGACGUACGCGAUCAAAUCUCUCGGCAACAUCGGAGGUUUCAAGUCCGAGUUCGCGGAUGUGUUGCUGAAUGUGAUCGGCGACGCCAUGCUGCCGGUGCCGCUGCGGCUCGUCGCUAUAGAUGCGUUUAGAAGAACUCCCUGUACGGAGACGAGAGAAUACUUCUUGGAGACGUUCCGCGAGGAGUUGGUAGAUAUCGAGGUGCGUAUCGCGUCCUACCUGCAGGUGAUGCGCUGCCCCGACCUCAGCAUUAUACGCAGAGUACUGCACGCACUCAAGAAUGAACCAGUUAACCAAGCGGUGACGUUCGUGUGGAGCCACCUGAAGAACGUGGGGCAGUCGUCGCUGCCGUCGCGCGUGGAGGUCCAGGGCCUGCUGUCGGGGCACGCGGUGCCGCGCCUCGCGGACACGCCCGACUUCCGCGUCUACUCCCGCAACUACGAACAGAGCGUCUUCUUCGACCAGUAUAACGCAGGUGGCAAUUACGAAGCGAAUGUAGUUUUCUCUCCGGAUUCGUACAUACCUCGUUCUGUGUCACUCAACUUGACUGUGGACAUGUUUGGAGAGUCUAUUAAUUUGUUAGAGAUCAAAGCCCGUGGUGAAGGUUUUGAAAAAUAUUUCGAAGCUUUCUUCGGUAAGAAUGGUCCGUGGAGUAAAGAAGAAGUAACAAGCAAAAUUAAUAAACUGCGUAUAAUGAGAUCUACGAACGAAGCUGAUGAGUUAAAAGAGAAAGUGGAUGGCUUAGGUUAUAAAAAUAACGCAUUGAAACAUCGUUACCCGAUGGCGGAGUUGGGACUGAAAGUGUUUGGUAAUGAAAUAUCUUUUUGGAGUGCUGAAGGUCCCGAUGAAAUUGUCAAGUCGUUAGAAAAGUUAAACCCGAAGCUAAGAGUACUGGAAAUAUUGUCUGGAAAGGAAAUAAAGUACAACAAGGCGUCUCUGUUCCUCGACACGACGUUCUCAGUACCCACUGGUUGUGGGCUCCCCUUGAACAUGAACCUGAUGGGCACCAGCUACGUGGACACCAAGAUGUCAGGAACUGUAGUGGAUAGGUUCCAGCAAGCAGGGAAUCUAGACUUCGCUGGUAUGAUUAGACCUAGCCAAAUCCCCGAUAGAGUAGAGUUGCGAAGUGUUGUGAUGGUGGUGGUGAUGUUCCCGAAUAUGACGAAUCUACACAACGCACCGUACUUCUUGAUGAGUGGACCCGCUAAAUACAUUCUGUCACUGGAGAAGGCGGACCCCUCCGCGAAAACAUACGCAUUCCAGUACAAAUGGCAGAAGAAUGAUACUACAAACGUUAUUGGUUUCUCUUUCGACACGCCUGAUAGCAAAGAGAAGCGUAUGAUAGACGCAUCAAUGGUAAUAUCAAACACGAGCACAUCCGCGUCACUGAGCCUGCAGUCGGCGCGCAGCACGCUCGCCGCGCACGCGCUGUGCCGCAACCUGCCGCACGACAAGUCGCUGCAAGCGCGCCUCGACGUCGACGGCAGGAAGCAGUUCGACACCACCAUGUCUGUCACGCGACACGACAUCAAGCACGGCCACGUCUGGAUACCGCACGCCUACUGGGUCGUCAAUAAUGAAACCAUCGCUGAAUUAUCCGGUACAGUAAAAGUAAAAACUAAAGGCGGUGUGACACAAUGGGAUAUAACCACAGACUUCCAGACGCGACAACUCGCGAGUCGACUGAUUGGUUACUACACUUUAAAUGGACCCACUCACGGUGCGAAGUUACAACUCGACUAUGAGUUCUACAGGAACCCUAAGCAGAGUAUUAGGUUGGAAGGCGUGUACAGCGAGCGUGUGCUCGGCUAUAGACACGACCUCUAUGGAGAGUUGUCUAUGGACUUCACUGCUUACCCUGGAUACAACUUUUACGCUGUACUUAGGAAUGUGAAAACACAAAGCCACAUCGACAUUGGGUUCAACGUGAGCGCGUCUCGUCAGCAGAAGUUAGAGCCGGCUUUCACUGCGACCUUCAAACGUAUAGACAAACUGAGCGGAGUGAAGUUGGCCGCGGAACUCGCCAUUACCCGACCGCCUAGACCUAUAUUGUUGAAGUUUAACUUUGAAGAGACGGGACCAAAAUACUCAGCAUUGGCAGUACUAAACUUCAACCCGAAGUCACGUGAGAUAGUUCUAUCAGGCUACGUGUUCGCGCCGGCGGGUUCUCAGCUAUACGUGGACGCGGAAGCUAACAUCACGUUACCCACACUGCACCCUUGUACACUGCGCGCCAAGCUGCAUGAGAAGCAACCUAAUGAGUUCCAGCUGAACGCGGUGGGCAUCUGGUUCACGGGCGUGGAUUUCAACGUGGACGCGUUAUACCAGGACCAGUCUAAGACCAACCUCGCGUCGCACCGCGUCAAGCUCACAUUGAACAGCAGCCAUUUUAAAGAUAUCCUGCUGGAUGCGCGCUUCACACAGGAUAAUAGACAGAUCACAUUUAUUGGACAGGGCGAGUACAACACGGCCAGUUACCGUGCGUUAGUACGUCACGUGUCGGUCGCCGAACAAAGGUUCAGUACGUACGGGGAGGUGGACGCGGCCGGACGUGCCUACAGCCUCAGUCUCAACGCGGACCUCAAUAAUAACACCGAUGUUAGCGCACAUCUGCACUUCGACCAACUGCGUGAUGUAGAAAUAUCAUACCAACGUUCAAGCACGGAUUUACAAAAACGUCUAAGUGCGUCUAUAAACUGGGAUGCGAACAGAGAUCCCUCGCAGAAGCUGAGUGUAGACGUGCAGCUGGACAGCAAGGGGCGCUGGCAUCGCGCUGGACACCUCGCGUUAUACUAUCCUGGCAGAGUUGUUAAUGGGGAAUUCGAGUUUUUACUUAAAGAUUGGUUUUGUGAGUGGCACGUGCGUAUGGGCUGGGCGAGUGACGCGACUGUACUGUGGCGUGUCAAGAUGUACUCUGAGGCACACGAGGAGACAGUGUACGCGCUGCUCUCCAGUCUGGACACCCCCUUCAGCGGCUGGCGUGAUACUGCCUUCAAUGUUAUGUGGCGCUACCAAGAUAAUCUUCAAGCAAUAAACGGCAGUAUGAAAUGGCAAGAAGAUUACCUAGCAUUCAGUCUACUUGCUGACUAUUUGUUCAAAGCUAACGAGUUCUAUGGCGAGUUGAGUGCUCUCGUUAACUCGACAAUACCGACUUUACCGCGGGCUGCGGCUAUAGCGCGACAUAGAGCGGUCUGGAAGAAGAGUGCGGAUACAUUGCUUAGUUUUCAGUAUAAUGAUGAAGGCAAGCUGAUGAUCAAUUCGUCUUGGAAUCUGGAAAGAGGUGAAAAGGAGAAUAAUAUUACAGGCAGAGUGACGCUUGUUACUCCCUUCCAGGGCUACACGAGUGGGUUCUUACGCACGGAGUUUGUGAUAGGACAUAAGAGAGAUAUCAAGGGAAUUACUUAUUUAGACUUGGAGGAGAAAGUCGUCAAGAUAUAUGUUGAUGGUCACAUGCGACGUAUAACCAACUGCAUGUUAGUGGUGAACGUGAGCAGCCCCGCCAGCGAGCAGUCGCGGAUGACGGCGCGCUUCGGCUUCGUGGAGCGCGACCGCCAUCUGGUGGCACUCGUCGUCACCCCCAACUCUACCACAGGAGUGGAGGUGCUGCUGCAGCUGCAGUCGCUGCAGCAGUUCCAGGUGCUGGGCCACGUGGCGCUGCCGCUGCACUACCUCAGCCGCGCGCUGCUCACCGCCAGGCGCGCACCGCAACAGCUGGACUUCCGUGUGGGGUGGUCAGAUAUGGACUUCGGUUUCACCGGCAUCUGGCAAUGGAAGUCUGCGUUAGACUUUGUUUAUGUAUACAAAUUGUAUACACCUUUAGAUGGAUUUGAAGAAAAUGGAUUAGUACUUAAAAAUGUAUUCGGUGUUAAUACCGGCGGGGGAUUGGAUACUGAACUGUCUAUGAGAUUGUCUAAACAUAAGUUCGGUAUAGCAAUAUUAUUAGUAGAUAAAGGUAAAGGUUUAUUGGACGUGAUAAAAGAUCGAUUCCAACACAAGCCGAGUGACCCGGAUAUGUUCGUGGAGAACUUCGACACGACGGCCAAUGUGGUGCUCGACACAUUGUACUAUCCUACUAUCACCUUCCACGGACAUAUGAUGAAGUUCGUGGGUCCUGAUGAAGAAGAUAUACUAGAAGCCAACGCAACAUUAUAUUUGCCGAACAAAACGCCAAUCAUUCUAACUGAUAUUUUCGUAUUGGAGACGUACACAGAAAUGCGUAAUACUUUAAACUUAGUUACACCGUUCCAAGCUAUUAAGGAGUUAAAGUCGGUUUACACGGUGGACAUCACGCUGGGAGAGAAGUUCAACGUGACGUGUGUCGCUCUACUCUACAACGGCACAUAUUGGCAUGAGAUAUCGUACAAAAUUCUGUACGAGUACGAGUGCGGCGAGGACGACGCGUACCAAUCGUACUUAGGGUCGGUGGGCAUCGCGACCCCGCUGGCCGUGCUGCCCGGCCUGGAGGCGCGCGUCUCUGCCCGCCUCGAGGACGCGCUGUGGAAGAUGGCCGCCGACAUCAGCAUGCCCUCCUUCACCAUCAACGCACUUGCCCGACUCGAGUUAGACGAUCCCUUCAUAGAGACAUCAGGAAGUCUGAACAUGACUUCCACGUAUUUGGAGGACUAUUUUAUUAAGAUGGAGUUCAAGAAGGACUUCUCCGAUGUAGAGAGUGUGAUGGGCGGCGGCAUACAGAUACAACAAGGAGAUUAUAAUAAUUAUUUAUUUGCGGACGCAGUAUGGCGACCUGCGCCACGUCACGUACGGUUCAAAGCACGGGGCGCGCUCGUCCCCGUACUGGAGCCCUCGGACAUCGCGCUGCAGUACAGCGAGGAGGGUGGGCAGAGGACGUUGAUUGUGGACUUCAAUAACCAAGACAGUUAUUACUCGUUAAAAGCGGAUCAACGACCGGCGUCCCUAAGUGUUGCGCUUAGUAGCCCUCAUAAAGGAUUCAGAGCAAUGAAGAUAAUAACGGAGUUCGAAAAGGACGAUAUCCGCGGCUCGUUGGUGACGGACGCUACGGAGUACGCUAUCAGCGGCAAAGUUACUAACAGACAGCCGUUAGAGAUGUCUCUAGUCCUAAUACCGAAAGGUCAAGGUGACCAGAUCCGGGUUCGCAUGAAGCUGGAAGCGACUCACACCGUGUACGCUCUGACAGCGCACGUGGCCGCAGGCGGGCAAGCCAGCGUGCAAGCCAGUCUGCACGCCAGAGCAGAGAUGGAAACCAACUUUACUGAUAUUUAUUUAAAGGUGGAUAUACCCCAAGUGCAAGGCAAGGAGAUAUUAUUAAAGACGCGUGUGGAUAUGUUCCCCGGACUGCGGCGUGUGCUGAGCGUGCAGGCCGCCACGCCGCUUAAGAAACUAAGCUUCGUUAAAGGAGAUACUGACUUUGAGUUUGGUCCAAAGACUGGAUAUCUGCUGUGUAAAUACGAGCUGCCAGAUAUGAAGGGAGACGGCGACCUCAAGUGGAGCUUCCUUAUUGGAGAUCUUUAUAUUACGGCAAUAGGGCAUCAAUUAGUAAAGCAAUUACAAAGAAGCGUUGAUCUGGACAUCUUUUUCGGUAACAGUACAUCUUCCAGUGGACUGGAUAAGACCGAGGCUGGUUUUAGAAUGGAUUUGGAUAAAGUUUGGCAGAUAGGAGGUAACGCGUCAUUCGGCUAUAUAAUGAACAAACGUAUUAACUUAGUUAUUAAUGCGAUAUUACCUAAGCCCAAUGUAGAUGUACACACGCUGUACAUAGACGGUGAUAUAGGAACAGAAGAGUCGCCAGAGAAAGUUUUACUGGCGGAAUAUAGGACUGACGUCACUAAAAUUGUUACUGGAAUUAAAGGAAAGGUGCUUAAUCUAGGUGAAAGUCUAGACGCUAACGCGACAUUAACAUGGACUUCAAACUCUGAGUACAAGAAUAUUGACAACGAGUUGUCAUACAAAUGGGAUGUGAACGGCUCGAAACAUGUUGAAUACACGCUCACCUCGCCGCUGUACAAAGAACCUACAUUUAAUAUCAAAGGAUCUUAUCAACAAGAUAUGAUACAUAACUACCAAGUUCUCAAAUGUCUAUGGGCAGCAGCUUGCUUCGCCAUUUUGCCGAAUUCAAGUGGCUAUUUGCUCAUUAACAACUUAGAAGAGAAAUCAGAUAACAAAGUAGAUUUAUUCUGGCCAAAUAAAACAGCGACAGUGAACACAUCUCAUAUCUACACUAAACAAAACAACGGCUUCACACAAACGGGAAUAAUAUCACUUUCAGUUCCAUUGAACUCUCAACAUUUAGUUAAUACAGAAUAUUAUUACGUACAAGGAGAUAAAAACAGCAAUGGAAAUGCUACAAUCGAUUUUGAUCAUGAAAGAUUCGUUAAAGGCUCCUUUGUACAAGUACUAAGUAAGAGUGAAAGGAAUUUGGACCUUGCGACUACAGACAUAGAGGUGGAAAAUGUACAUACACCAGUUGGUGUUAAAUAUAUACACGAAUUUGAUGAUACUGGCAAUGUUGAUGUAAAACAAGCUACAGUAUUCCACCUACAAAAUGCAACAAAAUUCAACGUAACUGGAAAACUUGAUGUAUUAACUUAUGACAUUGGGAAGAAAUUAAAACUAACAGCGAUGCACGGCCAGCGUACUUGGAGCUUUGAUAAUAAGUACGAGACUAUAGAAAGAGAGCUCACGCAAGCUAGCCGCGUGCAAUGGGCCGACGAUGUCUGGAUACAGUACGAUGUGCAUGUAACUAAUAUGAGUGUGGAGGACACAGAAAGCCAGCAAGUCCUACUAAACGUACAAUAUCCGCUGCGUACAUUCUCAGUAGACGCAGUAUACCGUCUGCAGGAGGCCUUAUUAGAAGGUCGUGCGCAGUUACAGUGGGACGUGCGCGGAGAGAACAAGAGCGCGGAGCUCAAUGCAAGGUGGGACACGCCCCCAGCGGAUGCGGAGUCCGACACCGCGGUGCACAACGUCCAUCUCGCUCUCUCACAUCCGUCCUUCAGGAAGGAUGUACUCCUGAAAGGUCAAUAUUUAGCAACACCAGCGGUCAUGUCCAAUAUAACAUUGGAACUACAAUACUCGGACUACGAGACUGAAUAUUUAAAACUGCAUUCCAUAUUAAUGGAUAACUCUAAUGGACCGAUACGUGAUUAUAAGUUCGCCUUAACAUGUACACAUCCGUCUACGAAUUUAGCUCUGGAUGUGAAAUCUGAUGUAAAUAUUCACAGCAGAUGGUAUUACUUGGAGACAUUCUAUAAGUUCCAGAAAUCGUUGUUCUAUGAGAAAUUAAGACGGAAUAAAAUGUUAAUCGAUUUGAAUACAAGCGCUGUUAAUUGGGAGCGCGCCAAUGAGACUUAUUUCUACAAAGUGAACGGCACCUGGGAAUUAAUAUAUCCUGCAUACAAAUUACGAGGACUUGUGAUACAUCCUGAUGGAAAUGAUACCGCGUUUGCUGAACUAUCUAUGAUAGAUAAAUCACUUGUUGGACAUUACAAUAGUACUAAUGAUAUAUCCUACCAUUUAAUUGGCAAAAUUGUCGACACUAGAUCAGCCAAAUUGAACGCAUGGCGAAACUUCGAUGACGUCACAACCGUAGACCUUGCCUCCUACAUCCGCCUGAACCAUUCUAGACUUCUCACAAGCUCUGUGGUAUGGCGGCCGCAGAUAUUCAGCGAAGUCAAAUCACAAGCUGUUUAUACUCUGAAAUUAUUAUACGCACAAAUCAAUGAAACUCUUAUGAUUAUAAAGGAAGCGCCAAUGGAAGCCCAUCUUGCUUUACGAGCCAUAUGGAUAGACGCAAAACCGAGAAUUAGAGAUUUUCUUGACGAUUUGAACGAUUUACAUGUAAUAAAAGACGAUUUGGAUGAAUUUGAAAGAUUUUUAAACGAUUCUUAUGAUAGUAAUGAUUUUUAUGUCAAAGAUAUUGUCGAAUUCACGUAUUAUGUACUCGAUGAGAUGGCUAUAAGAAAUCAUUUGGAGAGUUUGCCUGGUUUUGUUAACGAUAUGUGGGGUAUGAUGGGCAAUACAAGUCAAUCUAUAAAACAAAGUCUUACUUAUGUCGUCGAUUCUAUAAAAACGGCGUAUUCAAAUUUCUUAGAGUCGGCAAAUAAAGUUUUGGAAGCUGAUUUCAUGGAAUUAGUAUCUGGAAAAUUGGAAACUAUGAUUUUACAAUACGAUAACUUCGUUAGAGAUUUACAUAUGAGGUUUUUGGAAUAUUGGGAGGUUACUUGGGUGAAUGCAACGAAUAGAUUAUCAGUGUAUUGGCAUGAUUUACUGAAAUCAAUAGAACCGUUGUUUUUCAAAGUAUUACAUUAUACCGAGUCAUUCGUGUUUACUAUAUGGAAGAGUCUUAUGGACUUCUUCUAUAACAGGACUCAAGAACUAACUGAUUCUCCAUAUUUUAACUAUGUAUCGACUUUUGGACAUGAAAUGGACCGUAUAUACAAAGACCUCGUGCACAACGAUUUGAUAACGAACAUAAAGAAAUACAGCAAGAAACUAUGGAAUGUUGUUUGGGAGAAAAUGGAGAAAUACAUUCCUUUUAAAGACGAAUUCAAACAACUAUACGCGGAAUUCAGGAACGCUUGGGAAAACUUCAUGAAGACACCCCAAGUCGUUUAUGUAAGAGAAAAGGUAAAUAUCAUUUUGCGUUACUAUUUUUUUUAUAACAUUAGGUGGCAAACGAGCAAGCGGCCAUCUGAAGUGCUCUACGCCAAGCUGACGGACAUCGCCCACACCGCGCUGCGAUACGAGGAACUUCAUCGUAUACCUAAAACAAACUUUGUAUUCGACCCCCGCGCGGGCGAGAUCCGUCUAGAACAAAAACUGCCGAUGUCUUGGCACGCCUUCAACAGAACCCCGGACUUUACUGAGAUAGCGGAGUACCGCGCGGUGCGGGACUUCCUCGACGACUGGAUCACAUCAAACAGGACUAUAUGGUCAUAUUACUAUGAAAUACGACCGUAUAUGGACUUGAAUAAUGUUAUGCCACCAUUCGCAGGUAUGGCAAUGAUGACGGGUCAAGGUACACUGGUGACAUUCGACAAGCAAGUGCUCACAAUAUCUGAGGCGGGCACCUUCCUACUGACCAAGGACUAUCGCCAGAACAACUUCACUGUCCUGAUGCAGAGCAACGCGCGAGGACAGUACGACCUUGUUGUACUUACCGACAAGCACUUGAUUUAUGUCGAUUUGUAUACAGAACAAGUAUCUUUAGGACCAGAUACUCCACUCAGUCUGCCGGCGGUGGUCGACGACUUCAUAGUGCACAGACAGACGGACCUGCUGACGGUGGAGGGGCAGAGCGGCCUUGAGAUACAGUGCAAUCUGUUGUUUAGAACGUGCAAGUUACAAGUAUCAGGUUGGCAUUACGCGUCGCUAGGCGGGUUAUUGGGGACAUACAACAACGAGCAGUACGACGAGCAGCAGCUGCCGGACGGCAUACUGCGCGCUGACGUGGCGCAGCUAGCGGCGGCGUGGCGCCUGCGCCCCGCCCCCGCGCCUGCCGCAGUACUGCGCGCGCGACACGCAGAUAACGACACGCAGUGCGACAAGUUCUUUAGGAAUAAAGUCUCUCCCCUGCAUCCCUGCUUCUCUGUGAUAGAUUCCCAGCCGCUGUACGCGGAGUGCGUGCGCGGCGCGGACGCGUGCGCGCUGGCGAGUGCGUACUUGGAGCUGUGCGCGCAGCAGCACGUGCCCACACACAUACCUGACCAUUGUGUGCAAUGUACGACGAGUCAAGGAGAUGUGGUGGAAGAGGGUUCAUUCGUGCAGUUGGACCAUCCUCCUAACUCCACAGAUGUGGUGUUUGUGAUAGAAGCUCAGUACUGCAACAAGAAUCUAAGAAAAGCGAAGAAUAUCGAUCUAUUUAUAGAAGCGUUUGAUAGUAAACUGCAAGGGAAUGGAUUCUCUGAUAAUAGAUACGCAGUAGUGGUGUACGGCGGCAGCGGCGUGUACCGCGAGCCGCGCGCACUGUACGUAGACAACCAGCUGUUUGCUGACGCAGUGGACGUGCCGCGACACUUCGAUGCCUUCCAUAUAGAUAAAACAGACUCAGUACGUAACGAGAGCUGUGCGCGUGUGGACACGUUCGCCGCGUUGCGGUUCGCGAGCGCGUUGCCGCUGCGAGCUGCUACACCGCGAGCACUGCUGUUACUCCCCUGUGAUCGAUGCGAUGUUAACGCUAUGGCGCUCGACUACUCAACAAUUUACCACAAUCUGAUGGAGAACUCGGUUACUCUGCACAUUAUAAUGAACGAUGAGUUCACACUAUCCAAGAAGAGGGUCGCUAAGUAUUUGUUCGGUGUGGAUAGUACACUAGCGUACACUAACAAGGACUACGAGCGCGUGGCGGGCGACGCCGCGCUGCGGAAACAGGUCAAACUGCCCAAAGACAAACUCGGCGUCUGCAUCUCUCUGGCCAUGGAGACCAACGGCACGGUGUGGGCGGGCGCGAAGUUGACCGGCGAGCGCGGAGCUGCGCGUCGCUUCGCUACAGUAGUGGGGUCGCGAGUGGCCCGUGCCGGCCGCGCCUGCGCCUCCGCGCGCUGCGAGUGCCGCGCCGCACGCCUGCACUGCAGACCUUGCAGGCCUGACAGAGAUCCCUUGGAGCUAUCAUUCUGGAACACAGAGGACAUUGACGAGCUGAUCGAUCUCGCCAUGGACCCUCCCAACCUGCCCUCCUUUAGAUAAUGCAUACUUGUAAAUAACCUAGUUUCAAUUCUAAUAAUGUGAUUAUUGUUAUAAUAAAGUAUUUUCACAAUUA